AUGAUCUGUUCCGUUACGACCACUCCACAGGUGUAUUCCCUGGACUGCUACUUUCGCCAGGUGUGGACGGACACCCGCCUGUCGUUCAACGCCACCUCGGAGCGCGUCAACAACGUCUCCCUCAACGUCAAGAUGCUGGAGCGGAUCUGGCGCCCCGACACGAUCUUCAUCAACGGGGGCCCGUCCUACGUGCACACCAUAACGACACCCAACAAAUUCUUCCGUCUCUCACCCGACGGAACCAUUCUGUACUCACAAAGGUAA